CGCACCUCAGCGCCAGCGCGGCGGCCACACAGGGGCCCCUCGGGGCAGCAAGGCCGGAGGGAGUCGCAGUCCCCGCACUAACGGCCCGAAGGAGGACGCGGUUCCCGCAGCCCGACCGGUAGGCGGGAUGUCGGUGGUGGGCAUUGACCUCGGCUUCCUCAACUGCUACAUCGCGGUGGCGAGGAGCGGCGGCAUCGAGACCAUCGCCAACGAAUACAGCGACAGGUGCACCCCGGCCUGUAUAUCUUUGGGACCAAGAACUCGAGCCAUUGGGAAUGCAGCUAAGAGCCAGAUUGUUACAAAUGUAAGAAAUACAGUUCAUGGAUUCAAAAAACUUCAUGGGCGAUCAUUUGAUGACCCCAUCGUACAAACUGAAAGAAUCAGGCUUCCCUAUGAGCUGCAGAAGAUGCCUAAUGGAAGUGCAGGAGUUAAGGUCCGGUACCUAGAAGAAGAAAGACCUUUUGCAAUUGAGCAAGUUACUGGAAUGCUGCUGGCUAAGCUAAAAGAGACUUCAGAAAAUGCUCUGAAGAAACCAGUGGCUGACUGUGUUAUUUCAAUUCCGAGCUUUUUCACAGAUGCCGAGAGAAGAUCUGUGAUGGCUGCAGCUCAGGUUGCAGGCUUGAAUUGUUUGAGGCUGAUGAAUGAAACUACUGCAGUUGCACUAGCAUAUGGAAUUUAUAAACAGGAUCUUCCUCCAUUAGAUGAGAAACCAAGGAAUGUUGUAUUUAUUGAUAUGGGACAUUCUGCCUAUCAGGUCUCGAUUUGUGCUUUUAACAAAGGAAAGCUUAAAGUGUUGGCUACUACCUUUGACCCAUAUUUGGGUGGCAGGAACUUUGAUGAGGCUUUAGUCGACUACUUCUGUGAUGAGUUCAAGACCAAAUACAAGAUAAAUGUGAAAGAAAACUCUCGGGCCUUGUUGCGUUUAUAUCAGGAAUGUGAAAAACUAAAGAAGCUAAUGAGUGCAAAUGCAUCAGAUCUUCCACUGAACAUUGAGUGUUUCAUGAAUGACCUUGAUGUUUCUAGUAAGAUGAACAGGGCUCAAUUUGAACAAUUGUGUGCUUCCCUCUUGGCCAGGGUUGAACCACCAUUAAAAGCAGUAAUGGAGCAAGCUAACUUACAACGUGAAGAUAUAAAUAGCAUAGAAAUUGUAGGAGGAGCAACACGAAUUCCUGCAGUGAAGGAACAGAUCACUAAAUUCUUUCUUAAAGACAUAAGCACCACUUUAAAUGCUGAUGAAGCCGUUGCCAGAGGAUGUGCCUUGCAGUGUGCAAUUCUUUCACCAGCAUUUAAAGUGCGAGAAUUUUCUAUAACGGACCUUGUUCCCUAUUCAGUCACAUUAAGGUGGAAGACUUCUUUUGAAGAUGGAACUGGGGAAUGUGAAGUAUUCUCUAAGAACCAUCCUGCUCCAUUCUCAAAAGUCAUAACUUUCCAUAAGAAGGAGCCAUUUGAACUAGAAGCAUUUUAUACUCAUUUGCAUGAAGUGCCUUAUCCUGAUCCAAGAAUUGGGAACUUUACUAUUCAGAAUGUUUUCCCACAAUCAGAUGGUGAUAGUUCUAAAGUAAAGGUUAAAGUUCGUAUGAACAUCCAUGGAAUCUUCAGUGUGGCUAGUGCAUCUGUAAUUGAGAAGCAAAAUUUGGAAGGCGAUCACUGUGAUGCCCCUAUGGAAACAGAAGCAUCUUUUAAGAGUGAAAACAAAGAUGAUGUGGACAAAAUGCAGGUUGACCAAGAAGAAGGAGGUCAUCAAAAAUAUCAUGCUGAGCACACCCCAGAAGAGGAAAUCGAUCAUACUGGGGCUAAAUCAAAGUCACCCCCCUCAGAUAAGCAGGACCGAAUAAAUCAGACUAUUAAAAAAGGAAAAGUCAAGAGCAUCGAUCUACCUAUCCAGAGUAGCCUGUAUAGACAGCUGACUCAAGAUCUUCUUAAUAGCUACAUUGAAAAUGAGGGGAAGAUGAUAAUGCAGGAUAAGUUAGAGAAAGAAAGAAAUGAUGCUAAAAAUGCUGUUGAAGAAUACGUCUAUGAUUUUAGAGACAGACUGGGCAAUGUCUACAAAAAGUUCAUCACUGCAGAAGACAUGAACAAACUGUCUGCAAUAUUGGAAGCCACAGAGAAUUGGCUUUAUGAAGAAGGAGAGGACCAAACUAAACAAGUUUAUGUGGAUAAGCUUCAAGAGCUAAAGAAAUAUGGCCAGCCUAUACAAAUGAAGUACAUGGAACAUGAAGAGAGACCAAAAGCUUUAAAUGACUUGGGAAAAAAGAUUCAGCUUGUCAUGAAAGUGAUAGAAGCAUACAGAAACAAGGAUGAAAAAUACGAUCACUUGGAUCCUGUUGAAAUGGAAAAAGUUGAAAAGUACAUCAGUGACUCCAUGAGUUGGCUGAACAGUAAGAUGAAUGCACAAAACAAAUUAAGUCUCACUCAAGAUCCUGUGGUAAAAGUGUCAGAAAUAGUUGCAAAGUCAAAGGAACUGGAUAAUUUCUGUAACCCCAUCAUUUACAAGCCCAAACCAAAAGUAGAAGUUGCUGAAGACAAAGCAAAAGCUAACAAUGAACACAAUGGAACAGUGGAUGGACAGAGUGGUACAGAAACUAUCCCAGAUACAACAAAAGACAGCUCACAGCGCACUAAAUCUGGAGAGAUGGAAGUCGACUAAGUUUUACUUUACCUUCAUGUAAUUCAAACAGUGCAAGCAACUACAGGGUCCAUUCAUCUUUUCUACCCGGUACACUACAUAUGUUCAGUUGUCCAUAACUACUUUUGUCAUUUGUUUUUUGGAAUAUUUUUGAAGUGUUCUGUAUUGAGUGCACCUCUGUUCAUUUCCAUUGCUGCUUAUGUGAAGCUUUAGCUGAAUAGAGAUUUGCAAAUCAGUUCAAGCUUUCCUCAUAUAUUUUGUAGCCAGUAUGCAGGAUUUGGAUAUAAUUGGCAGUCAUCUAUCUUUAAAGCCUCUACUUGCAUAGACCUCAGCUCCUUUAUUUAGGAAGGGUUACUGUAUUGCACUUUUUUGGCAGAAGCAUACAUUUAAUUGCAUCCUUAUUUUGAAAACAAAUUGAAAUUGAUGUGGUUUAAAGCCAUGGCACUGACCUUUCUCCAGUUACUGUAUUGUUCUAAUUUAAAUAUUAAAACAAAUGAGAGAUUCUGACAUAUUAGUCCAUCUCACUAAUGUACUAUGAGAGCUCCAAUUUUGUUGUCAUCAUAUCAAUGAGCUAAAUCACAUGGGGAAAGAGAAAGUCCAUAAUUUGAUGUUAAGAUGACACCAGCAUUUGCUGCUUUUAUGAGUAAUGUGGAUCGAUGUCUUCUCAGAGUAAUUCUUUUUCACUUGGAACUUUUGAUUUACUUAUCCUAAGACCAGCUGCUGCUAACCUAACGCUAAGCCUAUACCUUCAUGUUAUAGGGGAAACACUUUUACCUACUCAGACAUGCGUCUGUGACACUGACAGCUUUAGUGCAGUUUUAGUAGUUCUCUUGGUUUUCUUCAUUGAUUUUGUUAAUACCUUAACCUGGCAUAGUGAGAGAUGACAUAGCACAUUACAUAAUAUAUACAUAUAUACAUGAAUAUAUGAUUGAUUUAAUGUUAUAAUAUAGAUAAACACUAUUAAAUAAGCAGUAAUACUUGAAAAGGAGCACUUGUACCAUAAGUCUUAGGAAAUAAUGCUUGUAAUAAACUUAACUAUGUUACACAUCAAUAGGUAAAAUAUAUAAUGUUACAUAGUGUGCUAUAAUAUGAUGUGAUUAAAUUAUAGUUCCUGCUGUUAAAUUGCCUUUUGAAACUUUGGCUUUAGUUCUGGUGCUUCUUCAUUAAAUGGGAGAAAGCAUAGUACAC